AUGAUGGAUUUCGAGAGAUGCUCAAUAAAUGUAUUUGGUGAUAAAUUUACAACAACUAAUCCAUCUGCAGUAUCUGGUUGCUUUUCUCAUUUACAAAAAGAAUUCGGUUUAAAAACAAGCUUUGAACAAGGUUCUGCAUUUGCUUAUCAUGUUAAUCAGAUUGCUGAUCUUGUUUUUCUCUAUCCAAAUAAUGUUAAUGAAAAUUUCUGCGAUGUUUUUAAUUCAUUACCACAUAAAUCACAUCUGUUACUUUAUUAUUUUGGAGACACGUAUGUAGAAAGACGUCUUACACAAACAAGAUUAAAAUCAAUGAUUGAAGUCGAGUUCUAG